AGACGAGAGAAGCGGGCUGAUUUCCUCUACUAUGGAUGGGGAUAUCUACGAUAAAUUUGGGGAGGCCAUUAACAGAAGGCUUGGAGGAGUGAGGGCUGAAGCCCAACGAAGAGCGGCAGCGGGACCACCGCCCCCUGCCAUGUUCAGGCUAUGGCAGGAAAAGGAGGAACCACCGUUUGGGGUGGAAGAAGUGGGAAGUGAUGAGGAAGUGACUCAAGGGCUACGAGGAGGAAGUGAGACGGAAGAGGCCAUAAUCAUCGAGUCAGAUGACGAGGAGGAGGAGGAAAGAACGGAGCCUCCGUCCGUCUUAUUUGAGAAGAUGAAGGACUUGCUGGAUAAGAUGGGGAGGUACCAACAAAAGUUGGUGGGCCUCUGUAAAGAAGUGAAAGGAUGGAGGUCUAACAUCCCCACAGUAUUCCUCUAUGACUCUGGCCCGGAGUCAGCGCCUGGGCGACCCGGAGUAAAUAUGGUGGGGUCGUGCCCUCAACCAGGGAUAAGGGGGAGACCCCUCACUCCGCAAGCCCGGCUGGCACAGGCAGCGCGAACGAGGAAUCAAGCCAAGGCCAGUACCAGCCAAGAGCCUCCAAGGGGGGAACACGAACCAGGGAGAAGGAAGGAGGCUGUGGAAGUAGAGGACGACGAUGAAGAAGAGGAAGAGGACGAGAGGCUGCGCAGAGAAGAGGAUCAGAGAGCGGAGCAGCGGGCAAGGAAAAAGGGGAUCAGGGGAGAGGCCGAACUGGUCAUACAGCAUGGACCACCCAAAAAGAAGAAAUACGCGGUCCGGUUGGAAGAAGGAUUUGACGUAGAGAAGGUGAUUGACCGGCUGCUGGAAGGGCAUAAUGACCUCAUGACCCUGAAGGAAAUCCUAGCGUCAGCCCCGCGACUCCGCGAUGAACUGAAGGGGAGAUUAUCACGGCGCCUGGUGUCCAAUGUCCAUCUGGGUACGAUCUUGCUCAAGGAGGCAGAGUGGGCAGAGUCAGACCUUUACUCAGGAUACGAUCAGUUCUCAGUCUACCCGCCGGAUAGGCCGGUGACAGCUAUGCACACACCGCGAGGAUUAGUCCACAUGAACGUGGCCCCACAAGGGUGGACCAACGCAGUAGCAAUAGUCCAACGAGCCAUGAUUCGGGCCAUGCAGUCAGUCAGCCCCCAUAUCACACAGCCAUACAUUAACGAUUUGGCAGUGAAGGGGUCGGCGACGAAACAGAGCGACGAAGUCUCACCAGGGGUAAGGCGCUUUGUCUGGAAGUACAUUCAGGACCUCGAAAAGGUCCUGAGCCUGCUCGAAGUGCUCGAAGAGCAUAACCUCACGGCAAGCGGGGCCAAAUCCAGACACUGCAUGAGGGAAGCGACUAUCUUGGGGAUAGUCUGCAAUGAGAAGGGCCGAAGGCCGGAUGUGAAGAAGACGGACAAGAUUACUGAGUGGCCAGUUCCGUUCCACUCAGUAACUGAUGUCAGGAGCUUCCUUGGUACGUGUGGAUUUUGGAGGGCCUUCGUCAAAAACUUUGCCGCUAAGACUGAACACCUGAGGAAGUUCGUCCGUCAGGAUCAGGAAUGGGUAUGGGGUGAGGAACAAGAAGAGGUGGUAGCAACACUGAAGGAGGAAUUUCGAGAAGGAGGAUUGGUGUCAGGAGCGCCAGAUUAUGACGCCACAGAGACGCGACCCUUCAUUGUCGAGAUGGAUGCGGGACCGACUGCCUUAGGGGGAGUUCUAAUUCAGGCAGACAUGGAAGGGAAGGAAAGACCCUUGCGAUUUGAGAGCCGGACUCUCUGUACGACGGAGAGGAACUACUCUCAGUUCAAGAGGGAGACCCUUGCUGUCCUCCAUUGUCUGCGAAUCUUCUGGAAUUAUAUCUUUGGCAGGAGGUCUGACUUUACGAAGACAGCCAUGCCAAGAGGAGGGAAGGGGACACGGCCGCCUCAGAGGCCGUUGGGCGCAUCAGGAGGAUAUGAGCGGCAUGGGCCUCGCCAACGAGAGAGUACUCCAGUCUACAAUGAUGGGGACAUUGAGCUAUUCCUGGACAGUUUCUGGGAGCAUGCGAGGCGUAUGGGCUGGACCGUCACUCAGGCGAUUGAGAGAUUGAGGGGAGCAGAGGUUGCAGGGGAGCUCCCGGAGCAGCAGCAGGAGAGGCAGAGAUCGGAGGCAGCAGGAGCACUCCCGGGUCAGCCGCCCAGCGCGUCAGCCAAGGCCCCAGAAAUUCCUGAAAUGUGGAGAGACUUCUGGGAGCAGAGAGGAGAGGAGCUUCCAUCGCCAGUCAGAGCCGGGUUUGGGGUGGCCAGGAAGGCGGAAGAAAGGUUAGAUCGUAAAAUCAAGUUCCUGGCCAAGACCACUUUUGACCGGCACUUGUUAUUGAAGGGCGAUCUGGCGGGGAAAAAAAUGAAGGAAGCCAGCCAUGGAGUACGUCUGGAGGCUAUGGAGGUGGAAAUUCAGGAACUUAGGGCUUUGGUGGCCAGCCAGGCAGCUAUCAUUGAGAGCCUGAGGCAGCAAACCCAGGGAAAGGUGGACAGACCAGAGAGCAGCCGGCAGGGAGAGCAGAGGCAGCCAGGACAGCCAUCUGCGACAGAGCCUCGCCAGGAGCCGCCUAUGGGGAGAGUUAUCCUGGAGCCAGAGGAGGCGAGAGCGCAGAGACAGGCAGAGAGAGAGGCGUUCGAGUUUAGAGCCCCUACUGAGCUCGCGAUGCUACCGGUGGCGGCGGCAGGCCCAGUCGUACCUUUGGCAGUAAAGGAGGGGCUGCCACCAUCUAGCAGUGAGCCGGCUCAGGGCUCGGCAGAGGGAUCCAUGAGCGUGCUCCUUGAGGCGGUGCAUACUAUGCAGGAGGAGGUGAGUUUGUUUUCACCUGAGUAGAGGAUAGAGGAACCCUUUGAGAGAGAGAUGGGGAUUGAGGAGGAGGGUGCCAUCGAGGGCAGACUCCAGAGGAUAGGCACACCUGAGU